AUGAGAGGCAGGGCCAGCAUAGGACUGCCCCUUUUAGGUUUGGGUUCCUUUGUCGGUUUUUUGGGCUUUUUGUUCUUUUUCGAUCGUAUUUUGCUCUCAAUUUCGAAUGUGGUUCUAAUUUCGGGCUUUUAUUUCCUUUUGGGUUCGAACAAGUUCGUCUCCUUUUUUUUAAAUCGGAACAAAAGGGGCACUCUGGUUUUUUUAACGGGAUUUCUGGCCAUUCUCGUCAAUCGUACACUCGUCGGACUCGCUGUGCAAACAGGCGGACUCUACCUCCUGUUUGAGGCGUUUAUACCAAACGUUGUCUCCUACGUCAAGGUCACACCCCUGGCGUUUGUACUCGAGCUUCCGGGAAUCAAACAUGCUGUAGAUUAUAUCCUCAAGAGGCAAAAGAACCUGCCUGUCUAA